UCGAUUCAAUAUGUUGGCGUAUAAAGACACGAGUGUACAAUCCACUAUUUCCCCCACACACCCCCACUCUUCUUAAUCUCGUCUUUGGAUUCAUUUUCCUCUCACAAUGUCGUACGUUGACUACAGUCCAUCCCCAGGACCCUCUAGCCCUACUUCUACACAUCUCGGAUAUGUAUGUAUGUCCACAGUCGAUGACCUAUCGUACACGCCAUCCGCCGAAGAAAAAGAUCGUGACGCCGCUCAAAUAGUCGCGACAGGGAGAAGGAGUUGGAAAACCCUGAAAGGAAAGGGCGAGGCUGUUUGGCCACCUCAUCUUGAAGCCGCUCUGAUUGAAGCUCUCGAGAAGUACAGACCUGAUGAAUCCAGAUCGACCAAGGCACUCGGUCGUUUCAGCAUGCGAAACCGAUUCAUCUCAGAUUACAUCUUUGAGACUACUGGGAAAAGAAGGACGCCCAAGCAGGUCGGGAGCCGUCUUCAACAGUUGCGAGAUACUUGUAAAAGCGAAAGAAUCCUUCGCUUGAUAUCGCGUCGCCACACGGAAAACAAUGAACGUGAUGCGGGUGCGGUAUCCUCGGAUGGGCAUAGCUCGUCCACAAGCCCCCCACCAGCAGAACUCCAAUGCACUGGAGAAGUCCAAAAAUGUCAAAAGCGGCACAACAUAUGGGUGAACAUUGUUUUGGAGCAGUUAGCGUGGCCGUCUCCACCCCCGGUCGUACACAUUGUCAAUAACAAUAAGCUCAUGCCCCUUGUUGUUCAUCUCUCACCCCUCGCCGCAUCGUCCCUUUCAUAUGAAUCAACAACUCAUUGUCUUGCAUCCAUGGAACCAACAAUCACCUUUGCCUCGCCGUUUGCCCUCGCUCAACAGUGUUCCUAUUCCGUUUUCCAAGAUGACACUAAAUUGCUGUAUACAGAGGUCGCCGCCCUUAAAUGCCUGUCCGACCCUAUGCAAAGCUCAGGAUGGAUGUAUCGUGCGUCGCUAGUUCCGGAGAUGUGGAAGACCCUUUGCGACAGCGGAUCUCCCACUCGGUAUACGAUCACGCAGUAUCUCUUCCCUGCUGAUGACAACGGUGACGGAGACCAUUGUGUCUCUAUCGUUUACAACUUCACACACCACGAGUCCAGCACUGGUUUUCAGGCUCAACAGGUCAGCGCCUACGACCCGUACCUCAGUGAAAGCCUUCCUCACUUCUCUACUCACGAUCAUACAGACGACACGCGUAGCUGGUGCACAACUGCGACACUCAAUUGGAGCAGUCCCUUUAACACCAGCGUCUUCACGCCGACUACAACCCCUGCUUAUCACUCGACCAUACCCGCGGUCUCCAGAGGAGGAAGGUCUGCCGUUUGCAAUCAGGAUGAGAAUUGGGUGUUCGCACAGAAGCAUGGACAUGCGACGCCAUCACUUCAAUAUUGCUGA